AUGACUGAGGAAGUAUCGAGAAAACAGAAUUUCAGACAGUUGGGUCUUUCCAAGUGGUUAGUUGAAUCCCUGGAUGCUAUGAGGAUACGGACACCUACAGCUAUUCAAAGCGGAUGUAUUCCAGAAAUUUUAAAGGGUAGAGAUUGUAUCGGUGGUGCUAAGACUGGUUCUGGUAAGACUAUAGCUUUUGCUGGUCCGAUGCUGACACAAUGGUCAGAAGAUCCAACUGGUAUGUUUGGUAUUGUUUUAACACCUACUAGAGAGUUAGCCAUGCAAAUAGCUGAGCAAUUCACAGCUUUGGGUAGUUAUAUGAACAUCAGAGUUGCAUUAGUUGUUGGUGGUGAAAGUAUCGUUGACCAAGCUCUACAACUUCAACGUAAACCUCACUUCAUAAUAGCAACCCCAGGUAGACUGGCUCAUCAUAUAUUGAAUAGUGGUGAUGACACUGUUGGUGGCUUAAAGAGAGUAAAGUAUUUAGUUCUGGAUGAAGCUGAUAUCCUUCUAACCGAAACAUUUUCAAAUGACUUGAAGACAUGUGUCGGUGCAUUACCACCAAAGGAGAAGAGACAGACUUUGUUAUUCACAGCUACUAUCACUGACCAAGUCAGAGCGCUCCAGGAUGCUCCAGUACAGAAGGGUAAGCAACCGUUGUUUUGUUAUGAGGUUGAGAACGUUGAUAACGUGGCUAUUCCAUCGACUUUGAAUACGGAAUAUGUGCUUGUACCUGAACAUGUUAAAGAAGCAUAUUUGUAUCAAUUGUUGACAUGUGAAUCUUAUGCAAAUUCUACAGCAAUAAUAUUCGUGAACAGAACCACAGCCGCAGAAGUCUUAAGAAGAACUUUGAAAGCAUUGGAUGUAAGGGUAGCUUCUUUGCAUUCGCAGAUGCCGCAACAGGAAAGAACUAAUUCCAUGCAUAGAUUCAGAGCCAAUGCUGCCAGAGUUCUAAUUGCUACAGAUGUGGCUUCCAGGGGUCUUGAUAUUCCAACAGUUGAACUUGUAAUAAACUAUGAUAUACCAUCUGACCCUGAUACCUUUAUUCACAGAUCGGGUCGUACUGCUCGUGCUGGUAGAAAGGGUGAUGCUAUUUCAUUUAUUACACAGAGGGAUGUUUCGCGUAUAGAGGCGAUUGAAGCUAGGAUAAAUAUGAAAAUGACAGAGUGUGAUAAAGUUCACGAUACAGCAGUGAUCAGGAAAGCAUUAACUAAAGUGUCAAAGGCAAAGAGGGAAGCACUGAUGGCAAUGGAAAAAGAAAACUUUGGCGAAAGAAGGAAACUUCAAAAGAGGAAGACGCAAAAGGAUGGUAAGCGUGUCUAA